AUGGUCUUGAUGGAGGGCUGCUCCAAUCUGUACCCAGCGACGGUGUCGGGAAGCGUAGCGUGCCCGACGACGAACAGCCCGACUCCCAACCCGACGCCCAGCCCAACUCCCAGCCCCACGUCGUCCUCGAGGCCGCCCCCGCCGCCGGCCGGUGCGGCAGGUGGACAGGCGCAGGCGAAAGGGGACCCUCACCUCGCCAACGUGUUCGGGCAGCGGUUCGACCUCCGCAAGGAGGGAUGGCACACGCUGGUGCGGGUUCCCCGGGGUGCCAAACGCGGGGCCGCCUUGUUGAGCGUCGAUGCGGAGGCGCGUCAGAUGGGCGUGGCGUGCGCUGACAUGUACUUCCAGUCGGUGAACCUGACGGGGAGAUGGGUCGGCUCAAAGGGCCGCGCCUUCAGCGCCGGCCAUGUCGCUGAGAAGGAGUCCGGGCGUUGGCUGCGAUUCGGCCAGGUGGAGCUGAAGGUGGUGCAGGGCCACACUAAGAGUGGCAUCGUCUACCUGAACCUUUUCGUCCGCAACCUGAAGUUUGCAGGGUAUCCUGUGGGCGGGAUUCUGGGAUUGGACGACCACACGGCCGCAGCUGAGCCCAGUCUGAACUGCCAGAACAGAAUCAGUUUGCUCUCGCUUGACGGGCUUGGUCUCGGUGCCAGUCCCAAGAACGCCUCAACCGCAGUGGCAUAUUUUUGA